AACAAGCAGUGAGGAGAUUGUGGCAGCAGCGAGAGCUGAGAAUCAGAUUCACCACGAGGAGUGUUGUCACCAUGAGAGACUGUUGGAAGGAUCGCCACGUUAUUCACUCUGUCGGUCUGUCUCUCUGCCAGUCUGUGUGUGUCUCUGCCAGUCUGUGUGUGUGUCUCUGCCAGUCUGUGUGUUGUUCCGUAAAGAACAUUGUGGAGUGUGGACCAUGAAGCCGAAUUGUAUUUUACAUCCAAAUCAGCAGAAACAGACAGAAGAGGAACUUGGGACGGGAGGAGCGUGACAGCUGGUGAUCUCUGAUGAAAACGAGCAGCAAUAACAGGACCCAACCAACCACUCUCACGGAGGAAACGAUUAACCUGUCAUGGUUUAUUGACCCGAACGGACAUCUGAAGAAUAUUCAAAUGGACCUCCCUUAAUAAAGGGAGAUGUUCAGGACCAGAUAGAAACUGGUCAGUACCGAAACAUCUUACAGAGGAACCUUCAUCACCAAAAACACAAUUUCUCACUGAAGAAAGUGUUCAGUACCAAAACAACUCCCGGAGGAAACUGUUACGAACCAAUAUAUCUCUUACGGAAGACAGCUCAGUCCCAGCGAGCUGAGGGGAGUCAGGAUGUUCGGUCCCCAGACGACAUUAAACCCAGAUUGGAUUUGGCUUUGUGUCUCAUUGUGGAGUGGAGGGGAGGAGUGGAGAGAAGAGGUUUCUAUUUGUGCUGAUGGUGUGUGAUCGAUAAAGAGAACGACAUCGUGAGAUCGCUGAUAAUUCAUCAACGCCAGUAUUGAUAGAAAUACAGAAAUAUGUCAAAUAAUAACAAUCACCGUAAUCAAUCAUCAAUGGACAGACAGUGGACUUAAGAUAAACGCGUGGAUUCAGGAGAAUGAAAGUCACUAGUUUGGAUGUCAUAUUCAGGGGAGCACAUGAUGUACAGAGAGGAUAAGGGAGGACAAGUCUCAGACCCUGGCAAGAACAUAGACACUCUUCCUGUAUUGAUUGAGAUUGAGUGAUUUGCGCAACAUGCAAGUGCAACAGGUUAGGUUUGGGCAUGCUAGCGAUUUGGUUAGGGUAAGGUUAGCUUUGGGCAUGCUAGCAAUUGGUUAGGGUAAGGUUAGCUUUGGGCAUGCUAGCGAUUGGUUAGGGUAAGGUUAGCUUUGGGCAUGCUAGCGAUUGGUUAGGGUAAGGUUAGCUUUGGACAUGCUAGCAAUUGGUUAGGGUAAGGUUAGCUUUGGGCAUGCUAGCAAAGUGGUCAAGGUCCAAAUAAGGUUUGUAAACAAAAACACGCCAAAACAACACACCUGGAUUCAAACCACAUUACAAAGUCCUGCACACUACGACCUCUGCCACCCUGUUUCCACUAACAGGCUGGAACAUUCGGAAUGGACUGGGAUCUUUGAAUGCUCAGACACUGAUUGAGACGGUCCAUGCACUGGAUAUUCCAACUCAACUGUAAGCUAACAUAAUCAGCGAAGCAGACUUCAAGUGGACACUAUGAUGUUGUGUGUAACAGGUUGGAGGAGUGUGAGGUGGACGGCUCGGCCUGGUCAGAGGAGUGUGAGGUGGACGGCUCGGCCUGGUCAGAGGAGCGUGUGCUCGUGUGUGACGCAGGUGGUUCUGAUGUGUCUGACUGUCCUGUCUACCUGUCUGUCCGUCUGGGCUGAAGACCAGAUCAUCUUCGACCACCACGCUGUCUACUGGAACAGCACGAACCCCAGGUUCCGCCAUGACUACAGGGUUGCGGUCAAUAUAAAUGACUACCUCGACAUCUACUGUCCAUUCUACACCAACGGCCCUCCGGCUCACGGUCGAAUGGAACGCUAUAUCCUGUUCAUGGUCAACCAUGAGGGGUACACUUCCUGUCAACACAGGAUGAGGGGAUUCAAGCGCUGGGAGUGCAACCGUCCUACCGGUCCUGAUGGUCCCCUGCGCUUCUCAGAAAAGUUCCAGCUGUUUACGCCUUUCUCCCUGGGCUUCGAGUUCAGGCCAGGACAUGAAUACUACUAUAUCUCAUCUCCUCAUCCUAACCAUGUAGGGAGGCCGUGUCUGAGGCUGAAGGUGUAUGUCAGACCCCCAGGCAGUUCAGGGUUUGACUCUCCAGAGCCCUUUCUGACUGAUGGAGCUGCAGACUGGAGCCCAGAGUCCUGCUAGCCCCAGCCCUAAUACCCAGCCUGGCCUCACUGCUACUGGGCUAUCUCUCAUCGCUGUGACCCCUCAUACACUGGAGCAAGACCUACACCAGAGUCUUUGCUGGAAGACUGCCUGUAAGACUGCCUGGCUGGCUGUCCCUCAAACUCCCACACGCUCAGGGAGAAACUCUCUUUCAGUCCUGGAUUAAAAACUACUGUGGGUCCCCAGGACAAGCAUUUACAGCUCUUGGGCUAAUUCAUGGAUGAAGAGCCCCUUGUCUAAACUUAACCCUAACCCCUCUGGGGUGUCUGAAGGGACAUGGAUGUGGGGUGGUGGUAGUUGGCUGGACACACACAUGCAUGACCACUGUGAAUCUGGACUGAACUGACGGUUUCUGUUAUGUUAACAUGAUCACAUAUAAUUUAACUGAAGAUGGAUCCACUGAUGUCAUGGUUAUAUUUGAAAUGGACAGUUAAUUAUAAUUCCAAAGUGCAGAUUCUGAUCUGACACUCAGAAGCCUUCUGAUGGACAUAGUUACUGCUGCAACGCCCAGCCCACAGAGCGAAGAGGAGAAGGAGGGGGAGAGGGAAACAGGCAGUGUGAGAGAGAAAUAAACAAAGAAAAUGAGAAAGAAAGAAAGAGAGUCUCGGGACCGAGACUUCUUUAAGAUACUUCUUUAAUGUCGGGAAGAGAACAUAAUGAGAAGGCACUGUGUUCACACACACACAAACAAGAACACUGACACGUUUCUACCCUGUUUCAUCUUAUUUUUGUUCCGUUUAAAAGCACCAUCAAAUAUUCAUGAGAGAGAGAGAGAGAUAGAGAUAGACAGAGAGAGACAGAGAGAGACAGAGAGAAACAGAGAGACAGAGAGACAGAGAGACAGAGAGAG